GGUGGAGUAAGCAUUGCUGAAGUAUGUAAAAGCGUCGUUCGUCCGCGAAUUUCCUCCCCUACGACACGUUGUCUCCCUUAGCUAUGCCCCGCUCAUCGAAUAGGCCUCGCUGCUCUAUAGACACCAUUGAUAGCAUCUUCGGGAAAGCAUUCGCUCGUCGAGAAUCGCUAAGCUCACCUGCGGAGCUGAAACGGCCUGGGGCACCGGAACCCCCUCCCACUCCGCUAACCCCGGGCGUGCAACCAAGUGAGCAGGAUCCGCCGCAGCCACGCUCACCAGAUUCACUGUGGGAUGAGGUGAGGCAGGCUAAGGAGCGAUCUUUGUCCAUGUCUCCGUCGAAAGUCGCGUCGCUCGAGCGGGCUACUUCCUCGAAUAUUCAUUCCUUUGAGGUUGCCACGUCGCCCAUGAGGGAGCAGCCCAGCUUGCGCAGGUCUGCAAAGCGCGCACCAUCGAGUGCUACAUUCAGGGAAUCCGCAGACGGUCGUAUGGUUAUUGCCACAUUUGACGUUCCGGGAGUGAGAAAGCAGGAUAUGCACGUCACGUUUCGCACGAAGUAUAUAGUCGUGAGUUGGCAAACCACGAAGACAACAGAGAGACGAGAAGGAGAGAUGGUCGUGCUGGAGCGAGAAGAAAACAAACGCAGUCAGAUCAUUCCUUUACCACAAGGAGCAACGUUCGAUGAAGUUAAUGCUUUACGAGAUGGACGACGACUUAUUGUCACAUAUCCUAACUCAUGCUGCAUUCGAGUAGCUACGGACUGAAUGAAGGCGUAUUAAUACCAGGACGUACCAUGACUCGGAGUUGCCCCCCCCCCCCCCCC